AGAAAGGCGCGGACAGCACUUUUUGCAUUGUUUUGAUAGAAAAUGUGAAGUUGGUGUGUUUUUUUAGCAAUAAUAACAUUCUAAAACAUGGAAAAAGCGAGACUACAACACCUAAAGAAGCUACAACAGCGUAGAGUUCGAUUUCAAGGCAAAAGAACGGUCGUGAAUGAACCUACAGAGAAUGCCAACAAUAAUUCUAACGAAGGAUUGACAAGACACACUCGUCAUCAAAGUUACAACUCUUUCAAUGCCCACCCUAAGGACACGAGAUCAACUCAACAUGGUAACCCCACCAUUCACCUUCAAAACCCAGGACCUCACAACUCGACACAGAUCGAUACCAACUGUGAUAACCGUAAUCCUACAGCUCCCUCUAGCGGCCACAUUCACCCAUAUUACCAACGGUUCAACUCAUCUUCAUGUCAACCGGCAUACUACGUUCCCGGAUACCCCGUUGCCAUGCCGACCAACGCUGCUCCCUUCUUCUACAUGACACCUAAUGGAAGAAUGCCGAUAUUUCCGCAGCAGCGUCUCCGAAACUUUCUCUGCUCAGAAAGCGUGAUCGCCAACUCUAAAGACAACCAGGAAAUGAACAACGAAGAUGAAAACGACGACGUAUUCGCUUCCGGGACAUCAAACAUACCAUGUCACCUACAGGAGUUACACAACAGUCGUAAAAGAGCUCACAGCGCUGGAGAUAUGGGCUUACUACGCUGCAACCAAUACCAGUUCCCUAUUCUCAACCAUGGGGAUUUCCCAUCUCACCCUAAUUACCCCAACACCCUGCACAAUACUGAAGUUUUAGAACCCCCUACCAAAAAGCCCGCAACUGGGUCCAAUUUUUGCCCCAAUGGUUCUACUAUAAUAUACCAACCAGGGUAUUUACCCACGUCUACUAUAAGACCCCCACCUCCCCCUUACCCAACCACUAUAUCUGAUACCCAGAGGAAAAUUCCAACGACCAGCAACCUGUCAAUCAAACACCAAGAUGUAGCAGAACAACCUCAAGCAAGAAAACUCAAUCGAACCCCAUUAGUUGUCCAUAGUAAAUCUACUGUGUAUAACCCACAGACCAACGUUUCUACUCCAGUAGAAACCAAAGUUUGUGAUUACAAAGCUGAGAAGAAAUGUCGAGUAAAGCAAGUUGUUGAAAAGAAACAAAGUUGUAGCGCCCCACACAGUGAGGUUUUGAGCCAAGAACCUUCAGCAACCACUUCCAAGUCUUCAUUUGUUAAGAAAUCUAUUCUAUCUUCAAAGUCACAACCAGUGAAAAAGAAAGUGGUUUGGACUGAUAUGGCUGCUGCUAAUGAACCAGAAACUACCAAACCAAGCAAACCUGCAACCUAUCCUUCUAAUCAACUCAAUGAAAGUGAAAUCAAGAAAGUGAAAGCAAACCCAGCCAAACAUACAAGGAAGAAUAGGAUUGGACCUUUCCUUAUAGGUCCCUUGCUAGGCAACAGUCCAGUGAAAUGCAUUUCUCAAUAUUUGGUAAGAAAGGAGGGCACAGGAAAAUAUUUCAUGGCAAAGGUGUUUACUGAAAACCAAAAGCCUGGAGAAACCAGAAGUGGGAAAAUGCUCCUCCACACGGAGCACUCCCUUCUCUCUUUAUUAUCAUCACAUCCUGGUGUGAUAAGACAAUAUGGAUUGUUCAAGGACACUUCGUGCAACCCAACCAGUGGUGACGUCACCCCUCGUGUAGGAUUAAUAGUUGACUGUCUUGUGCGCCAUGAAAAAAGUGUUGCCACGAAUAAUUACCUUAACCUACAACAACAUGUGAUACAAGUGAAAAGGUUAUCUGAACGGGAAGCACUAAGGAUAUUCCAUUCAGUGGUUUCAGUCAUUGUUUCUUUGCAUAAAAUGAAUGUCGUGCACCGAGAUUUAAAGCUAGGCAAUAUGGUGCUGGAUAAACGAACACGGAAAAUAACUCUGAUCAACUUCUGCUUGGGUUGCCAUUUAAACUCGGAGAGGGAUUUGCUCACUGAUCAACUGGGGUGUCCGGCUUAUAUUAGUCCUGAUGUUUUAAGUGAUAAACCGUAUGCUGGCAAACCCAGUGACAUGUGGUCCCUUGGUGUUGUGUUAUACACAAUGUUGUAUGGACAGUUCCCUUUCUAUGACCAAGCACCGAAGAAACUGUUUGCUAAGAUUAAGACAGCAGAAUAUUCAAUACCAAGCUCUGGUCAAGCAUCAGCGAACACCAAUGAUGUCAUUCACGGUCUAUUGACCCUAAACCCGCUGAAGCGUCUCACAGCCGUUGAAGCGUUAGAUUCAAUUGAAUCUUGCGCUGCAGCGUGGUACGUACUACGCACUCCAACCACACCGGCACAAGUUGUGCCUGAUGUUGACGACCUGGAUGUCUCAUUGAUUGAGCGUUCAAAACUGAACGAAGAGAGCGUUAAACAACGGGACAAACUUCUAACGUUUGCGUUUUGUAAGAAACUGCUGAGCGAUGAUGAAAAUGAUGAUGAAGCACAAAUUUCUACAACCAAACUCAAGUUGAAAAAUCCUGGCUGUUCCAAACGCCCUCCUACACUCCCUGAGAUAUGCCACGUCAGUUAUGAUGCACGACCGCUCAGCCAUGACGAAGCCAGGCUGCAUAGGAGACUACUUCCUAACAGUACUGGCUCAACCAAUCACAGCGUGCCAGCUCAUUAAUAGUUUGUGUUCAAUUGUUACAUAGGCAAUCACUUAUUGUGCGUCUAUAAAAGUCAAUAUGACUUUGCGGAGGAAACGGUUUGACUCAGUGAAUCUAAACUAAACAGUACAAUGCUGUUACUAUUAUACAGUAUGGUGGGGAAGAUGGGACACUUUUUCCCUCUAUUUUCUUGAUCAAUUUGGUAGUAAACAAAGAAUAUUCAAAGAAUUAGAAAACUGUAUCCUAACGACUCCCAUAGGCCGUUGUUAAUCGUUUAAAACACGAUCAGGAUAUUUGAGUAUUAUGUGCUAAAGGUGUCUUCCCCACCCCACUAUAUAUAUACACAUGUAAGUAGCAAAGCAAGAUGAAUUUAAUUUUUUUUUCGUAUUUAGUAAUAUAGUUGAAGUAGUUUAAGAUCUGAACUUAAAGUUUUGCUAAAUCAUCCAAUGUUCUAGAUAUUUGCACUUCAUACCAAAUGCAUUGAUUGUUCACCAUGUAACCUGUAUAAGGUUAAGCCUUAAAUCUCACUAAACCGUGGCAUGUAAGUGCCAUGGCAUCUUACAGUCCAUGGUACUUGUCAUGUAUUAUUGAAGUGCCUCGGUCUUUUUUCUUGUAGCAAAUUCGUGGCAUUUGCCACUCGCCACCGUGAAUGGCGAAGGUUGUAUUAGGUUAAACUUUGCACAUAGUAUUUGUGUACGAAUAGGCAAAGUUGCAAAUAUUGUAUUUUUUCAUUGUAGUAUUCUUACUAGCUUUGAUAUAAUGCAGUCGUUUUUAACUUUUCUAAAACCAUUUGUUGAUUAUGUUUGCUGAAUAUUUAAAUUUUUGAACAUUUGCUAACUGAAGUAAAAAGUCGUUUGGAUGUUUUAUGCCAAAGCCAGGUUAAUAGUUAUUAGUGGUAUCUACCUAAUACACAUGCAGAAAAUGCACCAAAUUCAAAGCAUCAAAAAGUUAAUUUUUAUCUGGGUAAGCAAGUAGUAUUAUAUUUGCCACAAGAAGUGGUGUAAUGGCAUAAAGUUAACUAGAAUUUUAUCGAAACCAAUAUUUCGUCUGCCAUACAGUAAGCCUUCACUUUAAAUCCCAAGCUUUAAAAUCUGACAAAUUGUUUGUUUAAAUGAAAUCUAUAUUAACUUUAUCCAUGGUUCUUGGGUAUAAAUAUGUAACGUGUUCCGAAAACCAGUCUGCUGAAAAUUGAUUUUGUGAAUGAACUUUGUGUAUUUUAAAUAAGUUGCCAUAACAUUGUAACAAUGAUGUUUAUUUUAUCAUAAUGUGUCACAAUGUGUUGAAUCAUGAAACAAUAAAAAUCUCAAUCUAAAAUGGUA